CAUGUUUACUGAUAUAAUAUUUAUAUUUCCUCGCAAAGAGUAAAAACAAAUAAGUGGUUAUAAUGAUGAACUUCCAACGUGCUGCUAUACUCACAGCCACCUUUUUGUCCUGUGAGGUAUAUUGCUCUUUAUUCACGCCUAAUGAGUACUUAACAACUGAAGUCACCGAAGGUUGGGAGUCGCUAGUGUUCAGAAUUUCAAAUUCAAUCAGUCUACGGGGAUCUGCAUGUGCAAGAUUCAGUCAAUGGUACUGUCUGGAUGCAUACCAUACUCCAGAACCACAGGCGUAUGGAGGCCCACCCAUACCAGAUAUAUCUAACCGAUCUCGCCUUCUGGAUCCACAUGCGGCCACGGCUUGGUUCGAACUGUUGAUACGGGAAAAAUGGGUGGAUAUCAACAUGGUCAACUUUAUGAAUCCACGUGACUGCUGCUCUCACCAGGUCAAAAAGUACUUGCUAUUCGGACUCCUACAUAAGAUGAUGAACCCUGACACAUACAUGGCCAAGCUGACAGACUACAAAAGUGAAAGCAAACCACUCAACUUUUUAAUGGUGCGAUAA